UAUAAAUGGCAUCCAUGUUAGUGAUGAAGUAGAUUAGUUUUCAUCCCUGAGGAGACACAUAUUCAGCUGCUCUCUGCACCGGGAAAAAAGGAAGAGUCAUGAUGAAACUGCUGGUGAUCAUGAUGUGCCUGCUGGUCACAACCUUGGCUGCUCCUGUUUCAGUGAGUGAAAGUAAUGAGGCUGAACCAGCAGCGGCAGCAGUGGUGGAUGCUGCACCAGCACAGCCAGCUGACGUUCCCCCUCCAGCUCCUGUGGCUGUUGGAGAUGCAUCAGAAGAGGAGGAAGAGGAUGGGAAUCCUGCCCCCAAAGCUGCAGCUCCUGCUGCUCCUGCUGCCCCCCUGAACUCUGAUGAGGUAGAGGAGGCUGAGGAGGUGGAGGCAGCUGAGGCUGAGCCGGCUGUGGUUGAAGCAGCACCAGCAGAGCCGGCAGCAGACCCCGCAGCUGCUGUUGAGCCAGCUGUGGUUGACGUCCCUGUAGAUGCUGCACCAGUUGAUGCCGCGGCUGUUGAUGCUGCUACUGCGGAUGUGCCUCCUGUGGAUGUUGCUCCUGUUGACGUUACCCCGGCUGCCCCUGAGGUGGCUGUUGAUGCGGCAGCUCCUGCCGCAGCCGAUGUCCCCGCUGCUGCCGAUGUCCCGGCUGCUGCCGAUGUCCCCGCUGCUGCCGAUGUCCCCGCUGCUGCCGAUGUCCCGGCUGCUGCCGAUGUUGGUGCCACUGAUGCGGCCGCUGCCCCACUGGAAGCUGAGGUUGACACAGCUGGAGUGGCAGCAGAUCCUGCUGCAGUGUAGUUAUCUUCCUCUUAUUACCAGCCUAAGUGCUCUUUUAUUAGUAGUUAAACCACAAUGGUUGCUGUAGGUGAACCAAUAAAGGAUGAAAAAACUGAGGCUUGCUGAAAAGAGACUGGGGAAAAAAUAUGUAAAAUGUGAAAAAAAAACUAUCUGUAAUGCUGUUUGUAAAGCAAAACAAGUAAAGUGUGU